GUGAAGCGUGUUGGGGGAACGGUGUUCGUGGCGGAAGAGGCCGGAGGGUUUCCGAAGCGAGCGGAAGCGGCGCGGUCAGGGUCCGAAGGAGCCAAAGGCAUGGCUAGCGCGUCCUCGGAGGCGGAGGCUGAGGCGCUGGCCGCGGCGCACGAGCAGAGCCGCCUCUUCCUGAGCGGCCUGGAGCUGCUGCAGCAGGGCGCCGAGGCCCGCGUCUUCCGCGGCCGCUUCCAGGGCCGCGCGGCCGUGGUGAAGCACCGCUUCCCUAAGAGCUACCGGCACCCGGAGCUGGAGGCGCGGCUCGGCCGGCGGCGGACAGUGCAGGAGGCGCGCGCGCUGCUCCGCUGCCGCCGUGCGGGGAUAGCUGCCCCUGUCGUCUUCUUUGUGGACUAUGCGUCUAACUGCCUAUAUAUGGAAGAAAUUGAAGACUCGGUGACCGUUCGAGACUAUAUUCAAUCCACUAUGGAGACUGAAAAAGACCCCCAACGCCUCUUGGACUUGGCCAGGAGGAUCGGGCAGGUUCUGGCCAGGAUGCAUGAUGAGGACCUCAUUCACGGGGACCUCACCACCUCCAACAUGCUCCUCAGGCGGCCCCCGGAGCAGCUGCACAUCGUGCUCAUCGACUUCGGGCUGAGCUUUGUCUCAGGACUGCCAGAAGAUAAAGGCGUCGACCUCUAUGUUCUGGAGAAGGCCUUCCUCAGCACGCACCCCCACACCGAGACCGUGUUCGAAGCCUUUCUGAAGAGUUACGGUGCCUCGUCCAAGAAGUCCAGUCCAGUGCUGAAGAAGUUGGAUGAGGUGCGCCUGAGGGGGCGAAAGCGGUCCAUGGUCGGGUAGCGGAGCUGUGGUGACAGUGAAGGCCGAUGUAGACGAGGCUGGACCUCAGCAAAGCAUGGGUGGUUGAGUGCUCUGUGAUCAUCCGUCACCACCAUCCAUGGCUCACUGUUCUCAGGGGCGUCAUGUACACAACAGGGUUUGUUCUAGGCAGAACUGGGUGGGUAGCCCAGGCUAGCCUUAAAUUUAUGGCAACAUCCUGCCUCAGCCUAUGGGCCAUACCUGACUUUGCACUGAUUCUCUAAGAAACAAAACAACUAUGAUUAUACUUAUUUUUAUAUCUUGUA